CAUCAUCAUCGUGAGCUCAAAAAUAACAACAAAGCAGCGAACAAAAGAAAGUCCCACUUCUGCAGAUUAAUUGAAAAUAACUGCCGUAGAAAACAGAAUUCAAGACUUUCGUGUGUGCAAAUCAUCGUUCUAUAGUUGGAAUAUCUGGUGAAAUUAAAAGAAUGCCGUUUCAUUGGUGUUAAGUGGAAAAAACGAGAAUAUCCUUGUCAAACUCAACAGCUUGGGCUGGGGGAUUGCCUUGAAGCUGUCGUCAUCGUCAUCGUCCCAUAUUGUGGCCCGAGCUAAUGUUAUCAGUGGUGGCGGAGAGCUGGGCCUAGCGAUCAUGGAUUAUAUGUUGGAUGCAUACGUAGGCUACGAUAUCGGUUCCAUCGAACCGGACGAUAUUCCCAAAACGGACGACCCCGUCUGGGUGCUGGGAAAGAGAUACAAUGCAGUUGAAGAUCUUGACUUGAUUCGCCGGGAUGUCCAGAGCCGGCUGUGGUGCACCUACCGGCGUGGCUUCGUACCGAUCGGUAGCUCUCAGCUCACCAGCGACAAAGGCUGGGGCUGCAUGCUACGCUGCGGUCAGAUGGUUCUGGCGCAGGCCCUCACUCAGCUGCACCUGGGCCGAGACUGGUUCUGGGAGUUAGAGACCAAAGAUGAAGCCUAUCUGAAGAUAGUGAAUCGUUUCGAGGACAGUAAGGCUGCGCCUUUUUCGUUGCAUCAGAUUGCUCUCACCGGCGAGUCAUCAGAGGAGAAACGAGUCGGCGAAUGGUUCGGACCUAAUACGGUGGCACAGGUUUUAAAAAAAUUGGUAAAAUUCGAUGACUGGUGUGAAUUGUUGGUUCACGUUGCUCUUGACAAUACUCUGGCCACAGAAGAAGUCCUGGAGCUUUGUGUGGAUAAAUCUAAUCCGAACAGCUGGAAUCCGCUGCUACUCAUAAUCCCAUUGAGAUUGGGCCUUAGCGAAAUCAAUCCGAUCUACGUGGAUGGCCUCAAAAAGUGCUUCGAGCUAAGCGGAAACUGUGGAAUGAUUGGCGGUCGUCCCAAUCAGGCCCUCUAUUUCAUUGGCUACGUUGCCGACGAGGCCCUGUACCUUGAUCCACAUACUGUCCAGCGAAGUGGAACAAUCGGCUCCAAGAGCGAUCCGGAUGAGCAGGAGCUGGACGAAACGUUUCACCAAAAGUACGCCCGACGGAUCAACUUCAAAGGGAUGGAUCCAUCGCUGGCGGUGUGUUUCCUAUGUGCAUCGAGAAAAGACUUUGACGAUCUGAUUCAGCGCUUCAACGAGGAUCUCAACGGUGGGGGCUGCCAGCCGUUGUUUGAAGUGACCAAAACACGACAAGCGCCGUGGACCCCCACAACGGCGUCGUCCGCGUCGUCCCGGAAAAACAGUGAACCGAUAGAGGCGUUCAACGAAAUAUCCGCCACGGAAAUUCAGCACGAAGAGUUCGAGGAAGUGGGAACCCGGCAGCUGGACGACUCGGAUGAAGAGUUCGAGAUCAUCGCGUAACGGAGGCGAUACAGUUAGGGCUUGUAUAAACUAGAUUGGUUAGACUUUUUAUGAGAUAAGCGAAGGGGUUGAAAGAACGUCUGCAGCGGGAGGAGAGGAUUCCCGCAUGUAUGUAAUAGAAAAAAGUGCUUUAAAACAACGCAAACGAAAACAACUGACCUAGCUUGGUUUUAUAACAUAGGCUUACGCUGAUACAUAUUUGAGAACUUAUGUAAAUUUUAAUCGGUUUUGUUAGCCUUUAGUUUUUUUUAUAAUAUGUAAUAUGUUCUUCAAAAUCUGUAUUAGAAAUAAUCUGGUCAGCGAAAUGCAUAGUUGUUACUUUCGAAAGGCUAAAAUAGCUCAAAGUUUGAUAAAUUUUAGUUUUCUGUCUGUCUGCAAUUCAAACAAAAUCAAUUGAUAGCUAAGAGUCUUAUUUUCAAUUCAAGGAACGGAUGAGGAUUUAUUCAACAGAAGUGAAACACAGUUCUUAUAAUAAUAAAAAAACAAAUAAUCUUGCUUAACGUUGUUAAGCAAGAAUUAUAGUUGAUAAAAUUUUAAAUGUUUUUAUCAUUAAUAUGUGUACUAUUUUUACACAGCAAUCAAUACUUGAUCAUACAGACAGGAUUAUAGUAUGUAGGCUAUCACGCAUAUUCCAAUUUACGUUCGUAAGCUCUUCCGAACGAAAGUUGAUGUUCAGUCUUGUUUACGCCAGACAAAUCAAAAGGCAAAAUCAUUCGAACGAAUCGAAUUCAUUCGAAAGUAUCAUUUGUACGUAAAUAAGAAUACGGAUGUGUAUUGGGCUUCAUAUCAUUUUACUGCCGUGAAACGCAAGUCAAUCCCAUAUGCAUAUGGAUGCCAUAUACAGAUGGAACGAACUUGCGAUUCACGGCAGUUUACGAAAUUAAAUAUGGAGGUUUGAUAAAAAAUGAUAUUACUAUGUGUUCCGGUCAAAAUGAAUAAAACCUUUUCCUAUACAUUUGCUCAUUAGAAAAUCAAUGAUACUUCUGAAUGGAUAAAUCAAAUCAAUGUUUCUACAAAUAUUGCUCAAAGAGUUUUUUUUAUAUCUCAAGACCCCAAUCGGAUAAGUAAGUAAAAACAGAUUACUAAAAUAAUGAAAAUAUUUCGAUGAUAUAUCUGCGAGCUUUCGAUUGAUUUUGAUUAACUUAACAGCAUCUUUUGUGCGCCCAGAUUAUUACAAAGACAGGCCUUAGCAGCGAAAUAGUUUACAAUAUCUGCAAAGCUUGACAUAAAAUAUUCACAUUACCUGAUUUUGUUCUUAUACCAAAUUCAAAUAUUUACAUCGCCUUUAGACAUAUUUCUUUCUUUUUUAUUUAAAUUUAAAAUUAGCAUAAACAUAUUUUAAUCGUUUGCAACUAAUUUGUAUUCGGAUAAUGAAUGACAUGGUUUGUAAUAAAAAUGAAAAUAAAUGAUCCUUUACUUGUUCCAAGCUGCUUA